UAAAUUUUCUUAAGAAUUUUAGUUUAUGUAUAUGAUAUACGCUGUAUAAGUUAUAUAUCUUACUAUAACUUUCGGUUUUUAUAUUAAAUUAUUAAUAUGGUAAUGGAAAUAGAUUUAGUGUCUACCAUAAAAGAAGUUAUUGGGGACUCAGCAGUCAAAGUUUCUAUCAGAAAAGUUCCCUCUUAUAUUACAUGCUUUGUCCCAGAAGAUCGUGAUGUAGUUUUAAUACACAGAAUGUGUUCAAAAGUAAAGGAGGUACAGCAACUUCAUGAACGCUAUGGUAGUGACAUUUCAGAUGCUGAUAUAACUGGUCAGCCUUUAGAAGCUCCCUACUCAGAUAUAGAUAAUGAUACCUUGGGAUUAUUUAACACAUUUGAUGAUGUAUUUAUUGAAAGAAAUGAGGAAGAUGAUCAUUUACCACUACCCCUGUGUGAUGCUAGGUCUAUUUUGAGUCAUUGUCGACUUAAUGUGAAUUCUCCCCUACCUAUAUGGAUACUAACGGAUGGUAGUGAUUUAAAAAAAACAGUCUUAUUAUCUAGUGAAAGUGAUGGUGAAUUUAUCUCUAGAAGUUGGGCUUGGGACCAUGGUUGCUCAUCUGAUAUAACUCUUGAUUCAUUAUUAGCGAAGCAUGUUCAGUUUUCUAACAAACCGUUACACCAGGCCACCUGUCAUGUGAAAUGUUCUUUUGAUGUUUGUAAAGUAUUAACUGAAGAUUCCUCAUCCAUUCAGUCGUCUACUACUCUCCAUGCUUCCUGGACUAAAUUAAGUUUAGAGCCUCCUCUUCUUCAUAGAUCUACUGAAAUAAAACUUCAUACUCGUGUGAGAAUCGGUCAUGGUAGAAAGGGAUUACUUUUUAUUUGGAGACAGAUAUCUUUGUUGAAUGAAUACAUAGACCUCUUGUCUAAGUUAGCAUCUGAUAACCUAUAUGCAGUUCCUGUUUUGAAUUUACCUUCUAGCAAAAGUGUUUUGGAUUGUUUGGGUACUGCUGCUGAUGUUUCAACACUUCAUUCUCGCAUUCACAAAAUUUUGAAAGAACCUAUUAAAGGAUUUAAUUCUGUUAAUUGUGAUAAAAAAUUGGAACAGGUUAUUGAACAGUAUUCUUUGAAGGAUAAACCAGGAACUGAUCUUACGGAUCGAUUAUGGUUACUUUUUAUUGAAUGUUCUACAUAUCAAGAACUAUCAGGGUGUAUAAAAGAACUUUUUAUUGAAUUAAAUAAGAAAAAUGGACCAGUUCCAUUUUUGAAUUCUUCAAACAUAUCUCGCCUUGGAAGUGUUCUGCAGCGAGAAGGAGGUAUUCAUGAUCCUCUCGAAUGUUUGGUAGAGAUUGGAUUGGAAAAAUUGAAGAAAGAAAUGCUGUUGAUAUUCUCAAAGGCACAAAUUGCUGCUGGAUAUAAUCUUAAUGUCCCUAACCUACCCAAUUUUAGUGAAGUUUCCAGUUCCGAUUGGUUGCCUUUCACAAAAAAGUGGCAUACUUGGUUAUGUCAAGUCCACUGUGCUGUAGAAAUUCUAUGCAAUAUUCAAGAAGCUUUGGCACUACCUAAUAAUGGAAUGUUUUCUAUAGCAGCUAAUAUACUGAAAGUAUACACUGGAAAAGAGUCUCCAGUUCAAAACUAUUCAGGCAUCAUUGAAAAUCCAGUAAUGGAAAUAAAUACAAUAAUUCCUGUCAAAAGUGUUGAAAAAGAUGUAACAAACAAGUCUCCAGAAGAAUGGGUAUUGACCCUUACAACUUCGACAGAUAUUCAAAAAUUCCAAAGUGUUUUCUACAGAACUAUGAAGAAUCCAUUCCCUUGUUUGGAAAGUGAUUUAAUUGAUGAUGAUUGUGAUACAACUUCUACUACUUUUUCUCGUUGGUUUGAAUUUCAUUCUAUAUCUGAAAUGUUUUGUGUUUAGUUUCAAAUUUUUUAUUUGUAAAUCCGAAAAUUUUAUUGUAAAUAAACUUUGAUUAACUCUAGUUACAGUUAAUUAAUUUUAUUAGAUCUUAUAUGUUAUAAAUGUAAAUAUUAUACAUUUUGGACAUUUUAUUUAUUUUAUGCACUCUGAAAUAGUUUAAUUUUCAUUUUCAUGUGCUUUUUCAUUG